AUGGUCUACCAGCCAGCACAUGCAACCUGUGAUUAUACGUCGUCCCUAGACUCCCACCAGGGCAUAGAGUCGAAAGCCGCCAGCCAGCCUGCACCUGCACCCUGUGGUGAUACAUCGUCCUCUGGGUCCUACCAGGACCUACAGUCGAAAGACGCCAGUCUCGUGGCUCGGACAGAAGCGGACCAUGAUACUUCACCUAUUCCUACGAGUCUGUGGGCUGAAGGUGGAUUCCUAGGAUGCCUCACACUCUUUGGUGGCUUCGUAGGAAGUUUCGCAACCAUGGGGCAAGUGAGUUCAUUCGGAACUUAUCAAGCAUGGUACGCCGGGCAUCAAUUAUCCUCUUAUUCACCGUCCGAAAUCUCUUGGAUUGGCGGGCUUCAACUUUGGGUCAUGAUGUUCUCGGGAGGCCUUAUUGGUCGCCUAUUCGAUGCUUAUGGACCCACCCUAUUGCUCGCAUCUGGGACGCUUAUAUACACGCUCAGUUUGAUGAUGACAUCAUUAGCAACUCGAUACUACCAGUUUAUGAUUGCUCAAGGAUUUCUUCUCGGGUUAGGGGCUGGAUUAGUGUAUAACCCGUGUAUUGCCGCAUCAACCACUCGCUUCCGCCAUUUCGCAGGAACAUCUAGUGGUAUCGUGCUAAGUGGCUCUGGCGGAGCGGUGUUUCCUCUGUUGCUCCAACGCCUUCUCAACUCCGUCGGGUUUGCAUGGGCGGUUCGAAUACAGGGUUUUCUUGCACUUGCGUGCUGCAUCAUCGCAACGCUCACAAUUUCGAGUCCUUUGCCCCGAAACAAAAACACGCCAUGGAUAGAUACCCAGUCAUUCCGCGAUGCGAAAUAUGUGCUGGUGUGCCUCGCAUAUGCUCUAAUAUGCCUCGGUCUGUUUAUUCCUUCCACUUAUAUCGUCCAAUAUGCACAAGCACAGGGUUUGUCCGAAAAUGCGGGGUUUGAUCUGCUAUCCAUCAUGAAUGCCGCCAACACCGUUGGUCGCAUUGUACCCGGAUGGUUUGCGGAUAAACUCGGCAGAUUAAACCUCAUGAUCCCCUCUGCUCUGCUGGCAGGUAGUUCAUGUAUCACCCUCUGGUUAUUUGCGCAUGAUGCAGCAACCCUAGCAGCAUUUGCUGUGCUAUAUGGCGUGUUUGCAGGUGCGACCAUGGGAUUGGAUGUCGCUGUUACAGCGCAAAUCUCGCCGCCGGAAAAUAUCGGUACACGGGUUGGGAUGUCAUACGCUUUUAUGUCUAUCCCAUCCUUGAUUGGAAGUCCUAUUGGAGGCGCCAUUUACGCAAGACAGCAUGGGGCGUACUCGGGAAUGAUUGUGUUUACUGCUAUCUUCAAUAUUCUAGGGUUUGUUUUCUUAUUGGCAGUGAAGCUCAUGAUCAACCGCAAUAUCUUUGUUGUAGUAUAGAAUUCUCGUAAUUAUCGGGUCACAUGAGAUCCCUGAUGUCUACGCAGAUUGUCCUCGCUAGAUAUGUCUUCAAAAACAUUUUCAUAGUAUUAUUAGCCCCCCAAAUUCUUAUGUUGAAUCUAUAUAUGUAUUUAUUUUCUUACAAGAAAUGACCCGGCAGGUGCC